AUGAUUCUGGUGAAAAGUUUGACUGCGAUGGCAACAGAGAAAUUGCUGUUGAAGACAUCAGGUCAGCAAUUCUUGGAUGGUGUCGAUUAUAUGUACCGUGUGGGCUUAUCACCUGAUCGCUUAUCAGUCAUGGAAACAACCAGCGGUAAAUUCAUCUUGCAGUUCCACUCACGAUGCGAUCUUCGUCCAUUCGCUGCCAAUUACCCUAGUUUUCAACGGUUACUUCGUGGUAUAGUCCAUAUUAGAGCAUGGCGAAUCCAGUCUAUCGAAUUUUUAAAUGUUGAUUUUAAGAUGGCCGAUAUCCCUGACGUAGAACGUACACUCGAGAAGCUCGAGGUGAAUUUGGUACUGUUGCGCAAUUGUACAUAUAACACAAUCAUGAAAUCAUCCCAUGCAUAUCAAGUUUUAUUGGCACUUAAUCGAAAUAAAAAAUGUAUCGUUUGCGAAUACGGUGACGACAGGUUAAAAGAUCGAGUAUUACGUGGAUAUCAGCGUCAUUCCUUCAACAAUAAUAAUGUGCCUGGAUUGAAUGCUGCACCAGUCGCGUACAACUGA